CUGUUUUGCCAAAAUGAAUAAAAACUGUUGGCUAACAAAGUGUUCAAUGUCGAUCAACAUUGAAGCAAGGUCACACUAGAUUAAAGAGCCUUAGAUUUGCUAUAAAAACUGGCAAGCAGCAUUCGGAAAGCGAAUUCAAAUCAAGAACAUGAGAGCUACGUUACUUCUGACUGCGCUCUUGGCAAUCUUGUCCAGCGCUGUUUUGAUCAAUGGCCAACUCUUCAACAGUGGCAGCAACCUGCUAGGCAGCGGCAGCAGCAAUACACCAAGGAUCUGUGUGCUCUCCAAUUGCAAUUACUAUGCAGUUAGCGAAGUCUGCGGUCGCUAUGGAAGCUCGAAUCUCUGCAAACGUUUCAGCAACAGUUGCAUGCUGCGCUACGAGGCCUGCGUCAACUCCGUGGCCUACACAACUGUCUCCAUCUCCAUGUGCUCAGGCAUUCCCGUGGGCACACGCAGACUGUGCGCCGGCAGCUCCACAGGCUCCACAUCGAAUAUACAGCCCAUAUACAUAAACAGACGUCGUGGUCGUGGUUAAGUCAAGCUUACAUUUUGUUAUUGCGUUAAAAAUAAAUAUUUAGCCUAUUUAAAAUGAAGAA